UGCGUGCGUCUCUGUUAUGUGUGCCAUGGUCUAACCCAGCAGUGUUGACAAUAGGGUGAAAAAGAACCAGCCCCGAAUCAUAACCGAGCUAAGAAAACACCAAAAUUUAGGGGUUUGGGGAAUUGAAUCAGUAACAGGAAUGUAAAUGCGUUAAUGUAAUCGUUUUAUAUAUAUUUUGUUAUUAAUGGGAGUUUGAGGAUUAUUCCGUUGGAAGGAAAAAAAGGUACUCGUGGGUUUGGCUGUUUGAGGCCAGAUUUUCCUGCUGUUUUGCCGCUGCUUGGGGAAAAAAAGGCUGUCCGCACCGAGCUGGAGGUAGCUAACAGUUAGCCCCGAUAGAUUUCCCCAAAACGUAGGAUAAACUCCUCCGCCGCCGUCUCCGUUGCGAACCACAGAGGAUCAAGGUAAAGUACUGCGAUUGGAGAGCUAACAGCCAACUCGGUCGGGCUCGGGGGUCGGGACUCGGGACUCGGUGUGUGUUUCCCAACCCAAGUCGGUCUGUCAGUCUGUGAGCGCUAGCUAACGGUAGCAGCAUUAGCACUGCCCACCCCCCUGUAUUUACAUCUGGGAUGAUGGGUGAUCGCCCGAGUCCGCCCAGCAGGGCUAUGUCCUCGGCAGCCACCACAUCUCCAUCUGUGGACAAAGUGGACGGAUUUUCACGGAAGUCUGUCAGGAAGACCAAGCAGAAGCGGUCGCAGAGCUCGUCCCAGUUCCGCUCUCAGGGCAAACCCAUCGAGCUCACGCCCUUGCCACAGCUCAAGGACGUGCCAGCGCCGGAGCAGCCGGAGCUGUUCCUGAAGAAGCUGCAGCAGUGCUGUACUGUCUUUGACUUCAUGGACACGCUGUCAGACCUCAAGAUGAAGGAGUACAAGCGCUCCACGCUCAACGAGCUGGUGGACUACGUGACCGUCAGCCGGGGCUACCUGACAGAGCAGGCCUACCCCGAGGUCGUCAAAAUGGUGUCUCACAACAUUUUCCGGACCCUUCCGCCCAGUGACAGUAAUGAGUUUGACCCAGAGGAAGAUGAGCCCACGCUCGAGGCCUCCUGGCCACACUUACAGUUGGUAUACGAGUUCUUCAUCCGGUUCUUGGAGAGUCAGGAAUUCCAGCCCAGCAUUGCCAAAAAGUACAUAGACCAGAAGUUUGUCCUACAGCUCUUGGAGUUGUUUGACAGUGAGGAUCCUCGGGAGAGAGACUACCUGAAGACAGUCUUGCAUAGAAUCUACGGCAAAUUCCUGGGUCUGAGGGCUUUUAUACGAAAACAGAUCAAUAAUAUUUUUCUACGUUUUGUUUAUGAGACGGAGCACUUCAACGGGGUGGCUGAGUUGCUGGAGAUCCUGGGGAGUAUAAUCAAUGGUUUCGCUCUGCCACUGAAAGCGGAGCAUAAACAGUUUCUGGUCAAAGUGUUGAUCCCCCUCCACACUGUCAGGAGUCUGUCCCUCUUCCACGCACAGUUGGCGUAUUGCAUUGUACAGUUCCUAGAGAAAGACCCAACAUUAACAGAACCAGUCAUCAGAGGCUUACUGAAGUUUUGGCCAAAAACCUGCAGUCAAAAAGAGGUGAUGUUUCUAGGGGAGCUGGAGGAGAUCCUGGACGUCAUUGAACCCACACAGUUCGUCAAGAUCCAGGAGCCGCUCUUCAAACAGAUCUCCAGAUGUGUCUCCAGCCCACAUUUCCAGGUUGCAGAGCGAGCUCUGUACUACUGGAACAACGAGUACAUCAUGAGUCUGAUCGAGGAGAACUCCAGCGUCAUCCUGCCCAUCAUGUUCGCCAGCCUCUACAGGAUCUCCAAAGAGCACUGGAACCCGGCGAUCGUGGCGCUGGUGUACAACGUACUGAAGGCCUUCAUGGAGAUGAACAGUACCUUAUUCGAUGAACUCACAGCCACUUACAAGUCGGACCGCCAGCGUGAGAAGAAGAAGGAGAAGGAGCGGGAGGAGCUCUGGAAGAAGCUGGAGGACUUGGAGCUGAAGCGGGGCCUUAGGAGCGACGGGAUCAUCCCAACUUAACGAAGACAGCGCCGCGCUCCCCUCUGCCCUCUCCCCCCUCUUCUCCCCCUGUGACUCCCCCGCCCCUCCAUCCUUACCCCGACUCCCCCCUCCUCCACAUCAGCCAUGUCUGCCCAGAGCUCCGAGAAAUCCCCGAUACAGGCCAUCGUCUCUGGAUCAACACGGAGCGGCCGCUGGUUUCUUAAUUGUUUUUUUUUUCUUAUGUUUUUUUUUCCUCCUGUGUUUGUGCGACUUACUUUACAGUAGAUUCAUCACGUCUGUUUUCAUUAUUUCAACAGCACUGUAAAUAAUUAUUUUUUUCUUUUUUUUUCCCUUAAGCUGAUAUUAUUGCAAAACGGAAAAACAAAACAAUAAUAAUAAUAAAAAAAA